CGCCUGGCCUUUCCUUUCCUUUCGUUUUCCAUUUCUACCAGACAACUCCAAAACACACACAAACUGAAAAAGUGAAAAGUGAAAAUAGCGGAGCACAACCCCCAAGUGCCCCAACCCCUUUCCCUUUCCUUCUCUCCCACUCCAAAAAAUUAAUUAGGUCUUCAUUGACAGAACACAAUCAAGUAUCAACCAAAGCCGCAGCACACACACUCUCUUCCUCUCCAAUGCUUGUUCUCUUGCCCCAAAUACCACUUUUAGGUUUUUAGUGAAGAGAAAGAGAGAAAUAGCGAACAGGGAAGGGAGUGACCGCGGCGAGGGAUAAAGGGCGAGUGCCCGGGUGAAGAAAUCGGAGAGGCACCGCGACUCGUCGGAGAAGAAAUCGGCUGCGGCUCCGUGAACGACAAGCGGCGGCCGCGGUAACCGGAGGUGGCAGAUCCUCUCCUUAGUUCCCUUGGUUUGGGAUUUUAACACAAGAAGUUAGAGCCAAGGAUGUCUCUUCGUAUAAAGGCUGUGGUAGAUAAGUUUGUUCAAGAGUUGAAAGAAGCAUUAGAUGCUGAUAUUCAAGAUAGGAUCAUGAAGGAGAGAGAGAUGCAAAGUUAUAUUGAAGAGCGUGAGCGUGAAGUAGCGGAGCGUGAAGCUGCAUGGAAGGCUGAACUUUCUCGUCGUGAGGCAGAGAUUGCGCGUCAAGAGGCAAGGCUGAAGAUGGAAAGAGAUAACCUUGAGAAAGAAAAAAGUGUCUUAAUGGGAACUGCCUCAAAUCAAGAUAACCAAGAUGGAGCUCUUGAAAUUACAGUGAGCGGCGAAAAGUACCGAUGCCUUAGAUUCGCCAAGGCAAAGAAAUGAUGCUUGAUGCUCUGCUUAGCAGACCAGAAUGGGAAAAAAAACACCCAAGAAUCACACCAUUUCCGUUAACUAUGUGUUCUUUUGUGGCAUCUCUUAGUGAUUCAAGCCAUGGCAUUCUGUCUUCAUCAGUGAGUGGGAUUCCCUUGCCCAUCUUUUCUGCAAUAUUUAGAAGAAACAAAAUAGGGGGGAGAAAAUUAAUAGAAAUGUUAUUUCAACAUUGCUAAAAGCUGUCUAUAUAGUUGGUAACUAUGUAAAUAAUUUGUAAUUUUAGCUUGAAAGGAAUUGAACUUCUAAAAAGGUUUGUGACUUUUAAAGCCUUAAAGGAGGAAUUUUUGAGAGUAAAGAACUUUGUAACUUCUAAAUGAAAUUUUUGUUAUUAU